AUGGGUGACCACGUCCUCUUCUUCUACGGUAAGCCCACUCUGCCUCUCAUACCUCUCUCUACCUCUCUACCUUACUAUGGCACCUCCAAUAAACUCAUCAAUAAUAAUAAUACCCUCCCAGGAACCCUGAUGGCACCGCAGAUGCUCCACCGCGUCAUCCACGGCAGUGCCAACCCAGAACCCUGGCAAAAAGCCCUGAUCCGCAUCCAGCCCGCCGUGCUGCACGGCUACCGGCGCCAUCGCGUGCGGGGAGCCGACUACCCAGCGAUCGUAGCCGCGCGAGACCACACUUCCAAUUCCAAUUCCAAUCCAAGCUCCACCAUGUUUUCAGCAAGUCUCGACCAGGCUCAGGCUCGCACCUCUGUGCGCGGAACUCUAGUCUCGGGUCUCACAGACGGCGAUAUGUACCGGCUAGAUCUCUUCGAGGGCGACGAGUACGUUCGAGAGCUGGUCUCGGUGCGGUUGCUGCAGGAUCAUGAUGCCUCGUCGGCACCGGUAUUGUCAUCAGCAUCGGCAUCUACUGGUUCUGGGGACCAUCUGCGUGAUGUGCUGGAUGUGGUUGGGGCCGAGAGCGCAGAGGAGGGCGACGAGGUUGCCGCUAUUGCGUAUGUCUGGGUAGCGGGCACGGAACAGCUCGAGGAGGCGGAGUGGGAUUUCGAGACGUUUAAGAGAGAGAAAUUAGAGCGGUGGAUUGGGGCGGAUGAGAGCGAGUGGUAG